AUGCGUCUCUUGGUCGUCCUCGUGUCCUGCGUCGCCGCGGCGUGGGCCGGUUGCCACAGGAACCGGGACAAGGACCACCGGUUGAGGGAGAACUGCACGGCGCUCGGCUUCGCCGACGUACCGCCGGGAUUCAAACCCACAACCCAGGUUAUGUUGUUUCCCAGAAACCGGUUCUCCAGUUUGUCCUGGUCCUCCUUCCAGAUCUUCACCGAGAUCUACGAGCUCGACUUCACAGGCAACGAGAUUGUGGAGGUGACCCCCAGCCCGACUCUGAUCCUGCCCACCCUCAGUGUGCUCCGCCUGGGAUGGAACCACCUGAAGUCGCUCCCUGCUGGCUCCUUCUCUGCCUGUCCCGCUCUGACUGAAGUCUACCUGGACCACAACGCCCUGGACUCCCUGAGUGGCCACGCCUUCUCUGGGCUCAGCAAGCUGGAGAUCCUGGACUUGUCGUCCAAUCGUAUCACGGUGCUCCCCGAGCUCCUGCUCCAUCCCCUCACCGCCAUCGAGACCAUCGACCUGGAGUUCAACCAGGUCACGGUGAUGCCAGAUGGUUGGUUCAACCAGAAGGAGGAGGUGCCCUACCUCUUCCUCUCGGCCAAUCCUUGGGCCUGCUACUGUUCCCUCGGUUACUUGCGUGAAUACCUCGACGACUUUGAAAGCAACAUCUACGUCCGGGAAGUCUGUUCGUCUCCUCCGAGGCUGAAGAACCGGCCGGUGGUGGAGCUGGAGGCGUCGGACCUGUGUCCAGCUGAACCAGAACCAACCGGAGACCUCAACCAGCCUGGAGCAGACGAGACAGAUACUGCUACCACUGGGUCUCCACAGACCCCCCCCCACUCUCUUCCCGCUUCGCGCUCGUGCCAAGCCCAGCACCGACAGACCGACAAAUCCCUCCCGGUGCUCCCCCCCCCUCCCUCUCUGUCUCCUUCCCCGCCAGCCAUGAUCCGUGGCGGGCUAAUUCCCAGACGGUCUUCUUCUUCCUCUUCUCCUCCUUCCUCCUCCUCCUCCUCCUCCUCCUCCUCCUCCUCGCGGGCCCGGAAACUUCACAAAGCAGAACACGUCGACCAAACAGAACCAGCUGUGAGUGUGUGUGUGUGUGUGUGUGAGGUCAUGUCAGGCAUGACCAGCGGCGUGUGCGUGGAGAGCGACCUCUCCUCGAUGCUCCAGAGAAGCUCCGCCCCCUCUCACCAUCACCCAAACCACCAUGGUUACAGCGGACAGGGACAGGUGGGGUUGGGCCCGAUGCUGGACUACACCACCGAGAUGGACCGCUAUCGCUCCUCCAUCGCCAGCUUCUACAAAACCAACGUCAACAUGAACGUCACCAACUUCCCUCAGUCCGCGAAGCUGGCGGCCCGCCUAGCGGCCGCCGGCCCCAUCUUUCCCCCCGCCGCCGCCAGGCUGGGCGCCAUGGCGACGGGGCCCUGGGGCUGUCACGACAACAUGAACAUGAACCACCCGGCGGCCAUGUUUUGGGGCCGCCCCAAACCAGCGACACACCACCACCCCCACCACCACCACCACCACCCCUCGGCCACGCCGGGUCACAUGACCUCAUUGCACCCACACAGUACCAGCAUGCACCAGGGCGGCGUGGGGGCGGGAGGAGGUGGAGGGGGUAGUGAGGGGGGAGGAGCUGAGAAACAGGGAAACACCGCCUCCUCACUUCCUGUCGCACAAGGAGCGGCGCACCAUCACCCCAACGGGAACUUCCUGCCGGGUUACGGCGGCGGGGCGGACUGCGGCGCCAUGAGCAAACAGGGCCACGCCCAUCCAGACAUGAUGGGCCUAUCGGAGGGUGGGGGCUGCAACGGGGGAGGGGUGAUGGGCGGGAGCUUCCUGGGGGGGCUAGGAUUACCCCCCGGGGUCAUCGUCAUGGCCAUGGGGUCAGCGGGGGGGGGGAUCUCGGAAGCCGGCAGCGCCUUCCAGAUGACCGGCGGCCAGCGGGCGCUAACGGACUGCCAGCAGCACGUUAACUCCUCCCCCUGCCCGUCUUCCUCCUCGCCCGCGCUGUCCGGCGUGGCGGCCGCUGCCGGUGGGGGGGGCGUGGUCCUGUCGUCGUCCUCCUCGUCGUCGGGGGGGGCGGCGGCCAAGAGGAAGAGGAAGCGGUGCGGCGUGUGCGGGCCGUGCCGGCGCCUCAUCAACUGCGGCGUCUGCUCGUCCUGCAGGAACCGGAAGACGGGCCACCAGAUCUGCAAGUUCAGGAAGUGUGAAGAGCUGAAGAAGAAACCGGGGGGAGGAGGGGGGGCGCUGGAGCGUCCGCCGUCCGUCCCGACCGGCGAGGCGUUCCGUUGGUUCUUCUAGCCGGAGGCGCCGGACAGGAAGUGGCCGGAAGGCUGGACUACAGAUCCGGCUUGACCCGGGUGCAACAGGACUACAGUUGAUUUGCGUUGCGUCGGGGAUGUAGGACUACAAGUCCCAGCUCCACAGAGGACCGAGGUAGAGGGGGCAGUUUGGUCACAGGCAGCAGGAAGUGCCAGUUAUUCACUUCCUGUUCCCUCGUCUGCCGUCAAUGUGUUUCUGGUUCAAUGUUCCCAUGUCUGAAACGGGUCAGUGAACGCCCCUCUGGUGCAUCUCCAAGAGGCCGAAGGAGACGUAGCGUACGUAGUGGCUAACGUUAGCUUCUUACGUCACACUUCAAACAUCGUGACGGAACCAGAAGGCUUUGUUUACGUAUCCAGGAUGUUAUGUAGGAAUCUGAUUGGCUGUUGAGGAAACCAGUGAUGACCACUUCCUGUUGGACCACAGAAACAUGACCACUUCCUGUUGGGCCACAGAAACAUGACGACUUCCUGUUGGACCACAGAAACAUGACGACUUCCUGUUGGACUACAGAAACAUGACGACUUCCUGUUGGACUACAGAAACAUGACCACUUCCUGUUGGACCACAGACACAUGACCACUUCCUGUUGGACUACAGAAACAAGAUGACUUCCUGUUGGACCACAGACACAUGACGACUUCCUGUUGGACUACAGAAACAUGACGACUUCCUGUUGGACCACAUAAACAUGACCACUUCCUGUUGGACUACAGAAACAUGACAACUUCCUGUUGGACUACAGAAACAAGAUGACUUCCUGUUGGACCACAGACUCAUGACGACUUCCUGUUGGACCACAGAAACAUGACGACUUCCUGUUAGACUACAGAAACAUGCAGCUUCCUGUUGGACUACAAAAACAUGAUGACUUCCUGUUGGACCACAGAAACAUGACGACUUCCUGUUGGACCACAGAAACAUGCUGACUUCCUGUUGGACCACAGAAACAUGACCACCUCCUGUUGGACCACAGAAACAUGAUUACUUCCUGUUGGACUACAGAAACAAGAUGACUUCCUGUUGGACCACAGACACAUGACGACUUCCUGUUGGACCACAGAAACAUGACGACUUCCUGUUGGACCCCAGUAAACUAAAUUGGUUGUUAAUGCCGGACACCUGCUGGUGGAACUGCUCGUCUCCUAUUGGCCGGUCUUUGGUGUCAGUCCUGCCUCUCGGCAGCAAAGACCGGCCAAUAGGAGAGCCACGUUCACCGGAUGAAGCUCGGUCACUUUGAAGUCUACAAUCAAUCACGCCUUUCAAAGCCUCUUGCUGGUCAGAAACACUCAAACCCUUUGAUGUUCAGACCGACCGAACCCGGCGGAUCACUUCCUGUUUGGAUCACUUCCUGUCUCAUGUUGUCACUUCCUGUUUGGAUCUCGUGUCUCAUGUUGUGUUUCAUCAAGAUGUCGGUACUCAAGGUUUUAGGAGAAUCUCAACUCUCGUUCUAGAACGAUGAACCCAUACGACCUCCAGCAUCUGUGAUCCAAUCUGCCUCCUCCUCCUGCUCCUCCUCCUCCUCCUCCACCUCAUGGUAGCCAAGCGAGGACCUUCAGGACCUCUUUUGUUUCACUACAGACGGCCGGUUGACCUCAGAGGGCUCUCAGCAGGAGGUGAUCCAGGACUGUCAUUAAGGACUACAACUUCACCACAGUAGGACUACAAUUACCACAUCACUGUUAUCCGUCUCUUCUGUCUACCUCCUCCUCAAGAACUUAGAAGACACCUCGAUGGAUUAAUGUCUGGGCGACUUGAUCUGCUCCUUAGCUCUGAAGGUCCCCAGCAGGUCCUCAUGGGACUGGGUCCAGAAGGUCCCCAGCAGGUCCUCAUGGGACCGGGUCCAGAAGGUCCCCAGCAGGUCCUCAUGGGACCGGGUCCAUACUCAUCUCCUCUUCACAGUUAUUCAUCUGGAUUCCAUGGAAAGUUCUCAGGGCCCGUUUUAUAUGAACUGAACAUACUGGAAAACUCACUUUGUGUAUUUUUGUAUUUGGUGACCAGGUGGAGGUGGAAGGUUUGUAAUUGUGAUUAAAAACUUUUUGGGUGGAGCUUC